CCAAUUACAAAAUACAACUUCCACCGUAAGUUACUGCUAAAGUUGGUUUCCCACCAUCUCCUUCGCCGUUAUAAGUUGAAUACCCAUCAACUUCUCAUCAUCCCAAAAAUGCCUCAACAACCCACCUGGAGUCUCGACUUUGUUGAUGAUUCUUGCUUCUCAGUCUUCUUUGAGGAAGACCAAGAAGAACCCACCUCGAGUCUCGGCUUUGUUGAUGAUUCUUCCUUCUCAGCCCUCUUUGAGGAAGACCAAGAAGAACCCAUCUUGAGUGUUGAUGAUUCUUGCUUCUCAGCCAUCUUUGAGGAAGACCAAGAAGAACCCAUCUUGAGUGUUGAUGAUUCUUGCUUCUCAGCCAUCUUUGAGGAAGACCAAGAAGAACCCACCUUGAGUGUUGAUGAUUCUUGCUUCUCAGCCCUCUUUGAGGAAGACCAAGAAGAACCCACCUGGAGUGUUGAUGAUUCUUGCUUCUCAGCCCUCUUUGAGGAAGACCAAGACCAAGAAGAACCCACCUUGAGUGUUGAUGAUUCUUGCUUCUCAGCCCUCUUUGAGGAAGACCAAGACCAAGAAGAACCCACCUCGAGUGUUGACGAUUCUUGCUUCUCAGCCCUCUUUGAGGAAGACCAAGAAGAAAUAUUGCGAGUCUCGGAUGCCAAAUGUGCUGAAGAAUUGCAGCUUCAGAAGACUCUGUUGGGGGCAGUCACUGUCUGUAAUUCAAUCUCGAAUCACAAAUUUUCUUCCCCAUCACCGAAGCCGAAUAUUCAAUUCUCUCCAGUGGUGCCAACAGAGCUCGUAAUCAAGAUGCGUGAAGAUUCAGGGGAGGGUUUUGGGGAGUCAUCUAUGAGCUUCUGCAAGAUUUGCAUCGAAAGGAAGGAAAGCAAUGACAUGUUCACAAUUGAUGGGUGUGAUCACUCAUUCUGCUCGGAUUGUGUAGGCAAACAUGUUCAUGUGAAGAUUCAAGAGAGUUUGAGUGUUGUAUGUCCAGGAUUGGAAUGCAAGAAUGUGCUUCAACUUGAAGCUUGUAGGCCCAUGAUUUCCAAGGAUGUAAUUGAUCUUUGGGAGAUGGCAUUAUGUGAGGACGUAAUUGGUGAAACCCAGAAGUUCUAUUGCCCGUUCAAGGACUGUUCUGCUAUGUUGUUGAUUGAGAAUGAGGAAGGGGAAGUGAUUAGGGAAUCUGAGUGUCCAUUCUGUCACAGACUGUUCUGUGCCCAGUGUUGUGCUGGUUGGCAUCCAGGGGUUGAGUGUGAGGAGUACCAGAGGCUGAAUGAGGAUGAGAGAGGGAGAGAGGAUCUUAUGGUGAGAGAGCUUGCUAAUGAGAAUAAAUGGAGUAGGUGCCCCAAAUGCAGAUUCUAUGUAGAGAGAACAGAAGGUUGCCCCCACAUUACUUGCAGGUGCAAGUAUCAAUUUUGCUAUGGAUGUGAAGAUGAAUGGAGUCAGUCUCAUGGGGGCUGUCACAAACAGUGAAGAAGUAUGAAGCAUAACCAGGGAGGGCUCCCUUUUUCAUAUUUGAUCUUGGAUGGAUUACUAUGUAAUUGAUUGUGUUAUAGCAUCAAUAUUGAGUUCUUUUUUAUCUUGCACAGAAAACCUCUGUCGAAACUGGGUUUGAUGAUGUGGGAAAAAAACUGCAUGUACUUUUUUUUCUCCCACUUGGGUAUGUUUUUGCUUGUUCUUGUGGUUUCUGGGCUUGAUGAUAUGUAAUUUAUUUUAUGUUGCUUUUCAUUCAA